UAUUGUUUUGAAAGAAAAUCUGACAGGGAAUACCGUCACUGACAGCCAGCUAGGGGCCAGUGGCUCCUGUAUGUAGUUGAUCGUGGGUUCGGGUUCAUUAAUCGCCAUAUUUGUUGUUGUCUUGAAUGGGGGAGGUCACCACCAAGGAAAAAUUAUUAAUUUUGUCAUGUUUUGUGUGAGAUUAAUAUCAUUGUGUUAUGUAAGUUGUUCUCAGAUGUGCUGGUAAAGUGCUGUAAAUUUGGAUGCGUUUAGUAGACCACUUUCCAUUCGUGUAUCCCCGGACACAUUUGAGAGUCGGAGGUAGUUCUUUGUUUGAAACUGGCGGCGGCCGGAAACCUCCCCGGUGGUGACGGUGACGUUGCGGCCGGGAUUCUGGAAUGGGAGGAAGUCUCCUUCGAGGAUUCUGACCGUUUCGAGGAGGAUUCUCUGUGUAGCUGGAGCUCAGAACCUGAGAGUCUGUGCAACAACUGGAGAGGGUGGAAAAAGCCCUCCAAUGGCUCGGCCAGUUUCUUCGGGGCGAGUAAAAAGUCGUCGGAAGAACCAACUUCCGCAGUAUCCUCCUUGACAGAAUUAUCUGCAAAAUGUGUAGCAUCUCACAUUCCGUUCGAGCUCGUGGAGCAUGUGUUCCCGCCUGUGCCCGAGCUCCUCCAACAGCGAAUAGCUUUUUGGAGUUUUCCGAACAACGAGGAGGAUAUCAGGUUAUACUCCUGCCUGGCCAAUGGAUCUGCAGAAGAAUUCACAAGGGGAGAGAAUUUGUUCAAAAAUCAUAUGGUCAAGGAGUCCUUACAAAUUGGUUUUCAUCUUUCUGCUAAUGUUUUGAUGCAAUCACCUCGUGGAGUUCACAAGGUGGCUAUAACGUUUGAUAGAAGACGCAUAUCCUCUUGCAACUGUACUUGUGAUUCUGCUGCUUACUGGUGUUCCCACAUAGUAGCAGUCUGUCUGACGAGAAUACAUUCGCCGGAAACUGUUAUUCUGAGAGCACCUGUAUCAGAAUCUUUGUCAAGACUUAAACGAGAGCAGCUUCAGAAAUUUGCACAAUAUCUUAUAAGUGAGUUGCCACAACAAAUUUUACCGACAGCACAGAAAAUCUUAGAUGAACUGCUUGGUUCUCAACCGUCAGCUAUAAAUUCAGUUUGCGGAGCACCAGACCCCACUGCAGGAGCAUCUGCCAACGAUCAAACCUCAUGGUAUUUGGAUGAGAAAGCCCUCCAUGAUAAUAUUAAAAAAAUUCUUAUAAAAUUCUGUGUGCCAGCUCCAAUAGUAUUUAGUGAUGUUAAUUAUUUGAGUACUGUAGCGCCUCCUGCAGCAGCAGAAUGGACCUCACUCUUGAGGCCGUUGCGUGGGAGGGAACCUGAAGGAAUGUGGAAUUUGCUAAGCAUUGUCAGGGAAAUGUACAAAAGGAAUGACAGAAAUGCAAUACCUCUCUUAGAAAUAAUCACGGAGGAAUGUAUGGCUUGCGAUCAAAUUCUAAUGUGGUGGUUUAACACCAAGGUGGCACUGUUAAGCGGAAGUUCUAGUUAUGGUAUUGGUGGAGGGGGCAAGCAUAAUAACGUAAAUAGCAAUACACAUGCAUCACAGCAUGCUUGUUCAUCUUUAUGCGAUGAAGUUGUUGUCCUUUGGAGAUUGGCUGCUCUCAAUCCGGGUUUGGCGCCUCAAGAAAGAGAUAUGCUGCACAAUCGUUUCACAACAUGGCAUUUGAAAAUAUUAGAUAAGGUGAGCAAGUUCAGGACGGGUUCUUCUAAUCAAUCGACAAACAAAAGUAUUGCGCUCAAAAUAGAUUUAGAAGUAUUUACUGGAUUCAAAUCAGCUAUAGAAGCAUGUUACCUAGAUUGGGAAGACUAUCCAAUGCCAGGAAUAACAUACACUAAUGAUUUGAAUCCCAUGUACCAUUGUCCAUUCACAUGUUUCCGUCAUGGUAGUGACAACCAGGGGGAAAAUGUAACUCAGGUGAAUUCUAGCAAGGCAGUUUUGAAUUGUGAGCAUCCCCAAAGUUCAACACAUAUUCAUCAUCAUCAUCAUCACCACCAUCACCAUAAUCCUUGGACCAGAUACAAUUACCCAAAUACCAUGAGUAUGAAUCCUGUAGAGUAUCCACCUCAUUCACAUAUAGGAGGUACAAGGGAUGGCAAUAGAUCUAGUGUUAGUAGCGAAGGAUUUUGCGAAAACGACGACGAUGUCAAUAUAAUGCGAGAAGCAACAGAAAACGAACGUUUUGAUUCAGAUUCGCAGGAAGGUGGAGGCAGUGAUUCUUCAAGCAAUAGUAGUCGAAGUAGAAGAAAUAAUGAGCGGGAAUCUACAAUCAGCAAUAGCAAUAAUUAUAUGAAUAAGCCCAUGACCAUGGAGGAAUGGAUGAACAACCCUGAAGCUUCCACUUCAAGAAGGCCAUCCAAGGAUGAAUCGACGACAUCUACCAACUCAGAAUCUCCACCAUCUGGAGAUGAGUACAACGUUUACUUUUUCAACGCCAAAGAUCAAGACGCUUCAACGACUUCUAACCAGAAAACAGAAAAAUUAGAAGAUGCAGAUAGUAAAGAUAACAUGUUUUCAAACAUUAAGAAAUGUGAAGACCCUUGGGACGUGUUGUUUUCUAGAGCAGAAGGUCUUCAUGCUCAUGGUCACAGCAAAGACGCCUGUAUAUUAGGUGUUAAACUGGCUGAGGAAUUGUUAGCAAAUCCUCCGGACUUGAUGAUUGAAAUUCCACCAAUUCCUAAGAGGAAAGGAAAGAAACAACACAUCAAUCCUGCUAACCACCAGUUAAGCUGCUUAGCUUCAGCUACUCUGGGAAAAUGUGCCUUCCUAUGUUCAGUACUAGCUGAAAAUCCAGAGUACUCGCAUUUGGCUUUCAGAGUUGGUAUGUUCGGUUUACAAAUGGCUAGACCACCUGCCAGCACAAAACCUUUGGAAGUGAAACUAGCUAAUCAAGAAUCAGAAUUGGUCAAUUUAUUGAAAAAAAUAACUCUAGGACAUAAAGAACUACAAAUAUUAAGAGAGUUAGCGAACGAACUUAAAGACUGCACACUCAAAUCUAAGGGUGAAGCAAUGUUGCCUCUGCUCCUAGCAAACUUCAUAUUUGACUCACUGGCAGUAUCAAAUGUGGUUGGUAGAGAUAGAUUGAAAAUGGUGAAUUCAAUAGUACAAACUGAAGAAGUUCUUCGAUUGAAAACUGUUACUCCAAUAAUGCCUAAUGAUGAAGUUCUAGGCUUUGAAGCUGCAGUCAAUGCUUUAGGUCUGAAAGCCAAUGUUUCUGAAGCCGAUCAUCCUUUGCUGUGCGAAGGUACAAGGCGCCAACGGGGAGAUUUGGCCAUAGCGCUCCUGACAUUUUACAAGGAUGACGCUUGGAAGAUAGCCAGAAUUAUGGAUAAACUUUUGGAUAGAGAAGUACAUGUUCUUCUGAAAUCGCCUAUUAUAAGCUCAUAUUAUUCAAGUAACCCCCCUGUCAGAAGUCAGUACUCCUUUUGGAGGAGGAAAGACUGCGAUAAACUCCUGCCUCUCAAUCAGUAUUGUCCGCCUGUGGAAAUUAUGCAACCAGAUCCAAAUUGCUGUAGUAGGCCCCAUAGCUCAACUAGUGCCGAAGUUGAACAAGGAAUGGCUUGUCUUAGUGUGAAUCAAGCUGGUUCUGUACCAUCUCAAAGUUUAUCCAUGCCAACAACCAGCCGCAAUAAGGAUCUUCGUUACAAAGGGAAAAGAAUAUACCCAUCAAUACCGAACCAACCGUCGGAAGCAGGUGCACAUUUUAUGUUUGAGAUGGCCAAAACAGUUUUGAACAAAGCUGGCGGAAGUAGUAGUACAUCCUUAUUCACUCAAUCAUCUACAAAUCAAAAUCCUCAUGGACCUAAUAGAGCCCUGCACAUGUGUGCUUUCCAAUUGGGACUGUAUGCUCUAGGUUUACAUAAUUGUGUCAGUCCUAACUGGCUUAGUAGAACAUAUUCGUCCCAUGUUUCUUGGAUUACAGGCCAAGCCAUGGAAAUCGGAACGGCUGCAAUAUCCUUCCUUAUUGAGACUUGGGAGGGUCAUCUUACUCCUCCAGAAGCUGCAAGCAUGGCAGAUAGAGCUUCUAGGGGUUGUGAUCCUCAUAUGGUUAGAGCUGCUGCAGAAUUGGCUUUAUCAUGUUUACCACAUGCCCAUGCACUCAAUCCAAAUGAAAUUCAAAGAGCAAUACAACAAUGUAAAGAACAAAGCGAUGAAAUGCUAGAACACGCCUGCCUUACUGUUGAGAUUGCAGCAAAAGGUGGCGGCGUCUACCCAGAAGUUCUGUUUCAAGUUGCGAAAUACUGGUACGAAUUGUAUGUACGUAAGACUCCGGGUGGUGAACACAUUAUGGAGAAUGAAAUACCCCACGACACUAUGGUGGAUCCUCAUGGAGCCUUGGUGGCUAUUAUAGAAUCGGGUCCUCAGGAAGUACAAUUACCUCCUCAAAAUCCGCCACCGGUGUUACCAAACAAUUCUGUGGUUGUGACUACAGCGCCUCCACCUUAUCAAGUAGCUACAACCUUAUCUCCCAUGGGAAUGUCCAUUCCAUAUGUUAGUCAUUAUAACUUAUUGCAUCCACAACAUCCUCAUCAUGUUAGCUAUGGGGGCCCUAUACACCCUCAGGCAGUACCCAUUCAUCAACCACCACCUACACAUGUUCCAUUAUAUAACUUCCAAUAUCCUCCUCCAGGAACCAGUGCGCCAUUCAAUCCUUCUGCGCCCCCUCCUUCAUAUACUGGUUUGCCACCUCCACCUCCUUCGACAUUCCCUAUCAACACUAGUUCUGUGCCACCUUAUCCUAUCACUGCUCCACCCCCAAAUCAAGCAAACUAUUCACAAUCUCAACCACCUACUUACGGUAAUAUGCCAAAUAAUGGCCCGCCUCCUCACCCCCCUCAUCAGAUGCCCCCUAAUAUUCAGUAUUAUGGCACAACAGUGACAAUAUCACAGCCAUCCUCCAACAUUAAUGUGCCAGGUGGUCAUAUAUACCCCUUCUCAGUACCUCCUCCUCCCCCUCAACAAGCCCUCAGAACUGCACAUCGGCAACCUCAACAGUUGAAUCAGACCCAGCUCAGAUAUUUGCUCACCGCACACAGGGUUGGAAUGUUGGCGCUCGAAACUCUUGCCAGAAGAGUGCACGACGACAGACCUCAGGCGAAAUACGCUAGGAAUCCCCCUUACGGGGAAGAUGUUAAAUGGUUGUUGCGGAUUUCUAAGCACCUAGGUACCCAGUAUCUCCAUCAUUUCUGUGUCUGUGCUGUUAAUUCCAUAGUCAGUCCAUUUGUUCUACAUGAUGUUGCGAUCGAAGCCGCCAAAUACCUUUCAAGAAACAAUCCAAGCUUGGUCAUGCAACAUUUACGUACAGCAUUGACUCCAUUGGUGCAAAAGUGUCAACAAAUGUACAUACAAUGCAUGCACCAAAAGUUGUAUCACUUAACAACAGCAGAUUACGAUGAUUUUGUCAACAUUGUUUGUGCUGCUAGGGCAGCCUUCUUGAUUACACCAGAAGGAAGCACUCAAUUCAAGGAAUGGUUGCAGUCAAUCAGAAGAUCAAAAUCGUGCAAAAAGGAUCUUUGGGCGCAAAUUAAUACUGCCUUGCAAGCUAAUACCAAAUGACAAAGGCCAGACGUAGUGGUAGACAACAGCAUGCCUAGCACGAAUCACAUGCAAGUUUCAGAAUCAGAAAUUGAAUCAGCUCAAUAUCAUACAUAUUAUCGUGCUGUCCAAACACUACCGGUCAUUAGUCCAGGGCUUCCAUCCGAUGUUGGCAAUGUUUAUGUUAUGAUCCAUCCAGUAGAUGUCAUUCAAUUCCUGCCAAUUGAAGAGCAUCCCCAAAAUGAAACCUGGCCCAGACCUGAUGAAGACGAUUCCAAUUCUAGUUGAUUUGUUUGAUUGUGAUUCGUGACUAAAAGCAAUUUUGGUGUUCCCUAUCAUUUCAAUAUAAAACAAAACUGAAGUGCUCAGGUUUAGAACUGUUAUUGCCUUCUCUUUAUUAUUAAGUAAAUUAAUUUUCUCUUGAGUAAGUAGCAAAUUUGAAUUGUUUUCAUACUCUCUGCUGUAUACUGUCCCAGUUCAACAUUAUUGUGACUACUAAAUUAAAGUCCAAUGUAUUUCUAAAUUUGUUAGAAUUUUCCUUUAAUAAAAGGAUCUACAAAAUCUAUUACUUAAAACUUUUUCUUUUAUUUUUUUUAUUCUUGUUUUCAUUAUACCCUUUGAUGUGAAGUUUAUAAUCCUUUAAAAAAAAAUAUUUUUAUCUGGAAAACUCUAUUUUUACAUGUUCUACAUUGAAAUAUAUAAUUGAUUCAGAAAAUGUAUAUUCUAUUCAAAUUAGGAAAAUCUGCCAGAAUGAUGCACAUGAAGUUUCUACUAGUAAUAAUUAGACUGUAAAAUUCUUGAAAACAAUGGUGUUUGUGCUAUAAGUACGGCUCUGGAUGAGAAUAUAAACUGCUUGUAUUCCAAUAUUCUGUAGUAUGAAGAAAAAAUAUAUUGGAAAUGUCUCAAUGGCCAUUUUAUAAAUAAACAGUGUGAUCCAAUGAAUACCUAACAUGAAGGUUUUAGGUUACAAUAACAAAAUAUAUAAAAUAGCUACAUCCAGUAGCUAGCUAAAUACAUCUUUAGUAUUACACCUGAAAACUCCAUAUUAUGUUUCUUCUAGGAAAACCUGUAGAGCCAAUGAGAUAUUUAGAUAUUGUGAAAAGUAUAUAAGGUACAGUUGAAAAGAUCAUAAAAUUAUGAGUUAUGCCAAAAUUUCUCUUUUCUUAGUAUUUUGAAAACUAUUGCAUAACCCUUUUUAUUUCUGGCAUUUUCCUCAUAAACAUUUACAUUUGCAAUAUGAGUUUUAUGAACUCUUAAAUUUCAAACAAAGCAGAAAAUAAAGAAUAUAGUUCAAAAGAAUAAUUCAAAAAUCAAUUAAAACAAUAUUCAACAUUUUUGAUCUAGUACCUUAAUUCGCUUUGAAAUAUUUUCAUUUCACCAAGAUCAGUGUUUUUUUCAUGGACUUCUAAGUUUGAGGUAGAUUUUCUUUUUUAAUUUGUUGUAUUUAUUUCAAAUAAAUGUUUCUUAACAUUUAUCUCAUUCAAAUUUUUUAAUUACUUGAGAAGGAAUGAAAUUAAACAUAUCUUGAAUUAAUCAAAAACAUAUCUGUGCUAUAAACACUGCUCAAUCUGAAAAUUUUAAAAGAAGUUAUUGCGAAAUAAGGUACUAACUCGAAGAAAUCAUGUAUCAAUUAAAAAAUGUAUAAAGCUGCUUAUGAACUCUGGUGAAGAAUAUGUUAUGUGUUCAAUUGGAGAUUUCUGAUGUCACUGUUUUAUUAAAGUUGUUUUUGACUGAUUUCACAUUGUUUCUUUUAAGUUUAUUUGGAGUUUCCAUGGUUUUGUUUUAACAUGCCUGAGGGAUGUGUUCUGGAAACUAAACUUGUAAAUUCGUAGGGCUAGAAGAGUUUUAAUUCUGCUGAAUGUUGAGCUCUCACUUCUUGUUUUCAUUAAUAAACUAGGUUAUAUGUGCAAGCCCAUUGAAAAGUUCUCAUAUUUUUUUCUUUGGAAGAAAAUUGCCAUCUUCAAUUAAAAAGUAAUUUUUUUUGAGCUUAAUAUUCAUCAAGAAUUAAUUAACAGCGUAAGUUUUUUCAUGAAAUCUACCUGGUUGUUACAAGGUUUUAUGUAUAUUAUAUUUAAAGCCAACAUUCCUUCAAAUAACUGAAUUUGUUCAUUAAAUAUUAAAGAAUUGUGGACGGAAUUUUCAAUUCAAAUGAAUUACAAAAUGAUGGUGUUCUUCUUGUACAGUAAGAGUGUGUUUCAUGAAAAAAUUGAAAUAUGGUUAGUGUUGAUCUCAUUCGUUUCAAAUGAUAUUAGGAAAAUUGAACUUUUUGUUUCUUACUUAAUAUUUCAACAGUCAAAGAUGAGCACUAGCUGAAUUGACUAACUCUGUGCCUUGGCCUUAUAUCUUCAGUAAAUUUAGUUUUGAUUUCUUUGUGAUUUACAGCAAAAAGUUCAAUUUCACAAGUAAUGAUAAAAGACAUUCGGUCAGUUGAAUGGUUUCCUCCGAGUGUUAAAAAAAUACUUAUUUGAAUAUUUUUGUGCACUUAGAUAUUUUGAACCUGAAGGAAGCCAUUUGAAAUAUCAUAAUUAUCAGGUAAUGGAAAGAAGACGUAUAUAUUUUAGGCUAAGUUAUUUUGAAUAGUUUUUCACAUAUUUGAUGUGUAGAAUUAUCGAUAUUAUAGCAUAUAUAAUAUGUGUAUCGUGAAAUUAUCUAGUGUUAAAUAUUUUCAGAAAAUUAAUAAAUUCCAUUCAAUAUCUGUUUGUACAAAGGUUCUGUCGUUACACAAUUUGUAAAAAAACCACCAUAUGCAAAUGUAUAUCAUGUUUUUUUAAGUUCGAUUCACAAGAGAGAAACAAGGGCUGAUUUAUGAAGUAUGUAUAAGGAUCCAGCAAAUUCCGCCAAUAUACCACAGGUCAAUGUAUUUGUUUUCAUUCAUGCUAAUCAGAUGUAUGUGACUUUGUCUGUAUUCUUUCAAUACACAGCAUUUAUUAUUCACAUUUUGCAUUGAAAUAAAUUAUUGCUAUUUA